ACAAACAGCAUAAAAUAUCUUGGGGUAACUCUAACCAAGGAAGUGAAAGAUCUAUUUGACAAUAACUUUAAAGCUUUGAAGAAAGAAAUUGAAGAGGAUAUCAGAAAAUGGAAGGAUCUCCCUUGCUCUUGGAUUGGGAGGAUCAACAUAGUAAAAAUGGCAAUUCUACCAAAGGCAAUUUAUAGAUUCAAUGCAAUUCCCAUCAAGGUCCCAUCAAAAUUCUUCACAGAUCUUGAGAGGACAAUAAUCAAUUUUAUAUGGAAAAAUAAAGGCCAAUUUCUUAAGCAAUCUUUUAUGAAUAAGAGGACAAUCUACUUACCAAAUUUAUAAAGAGCCAUUUAUAUGAAUGACUAAACUAUGAAUAAAUUCAACAAAUAAUAUUAUAGAGUACACUGUUUAUUGUGAUAUGUUGCUAUGUUACUCUUUUGUUAUUAUUAUCUGAAGUGAUUAAUUGUAUAUUAUAGAAUUCAUUCUCUCCUGAUUGAUGGAGGCAUUGAUCAAUGACUUCCCAAAUGUCCUCUUGUUUGCCUUUUAUAAGGAUCAUGACUUAUGACUAGAUUUACAUGGGUAUAAAUGACUGAAAAAACGAAGGUGAAAAAUAAGAAAAAUGAGAAAAUCAUAACUUUGGAAUUUUUUCAUAUAAGAUAAUAGUAAAAGUGCUUUUCUUUGAAUUUUUUAAAAGUUUGGAUGCAUUUUGGGAUAAAUAAAAGUGAAUACCAUUUGUUCAUUGCAUGGAAAUCAUGAGAUGCCUACCCUGGCCAUGAAAAGAUGUCAUGGGGUAGUUAGUAAUCAGGUUCUGGAACUCCCCUACCUGCUUUCUUAGUAGUGCCAUCAGAAUUAUCUCAUUUUUUAAAGAUCUGAGUUGCUAAGAGUGGUUUAGUUGCCCUAGAGAGAUCUCUGAUUUGGAAGCCCAGGGGAUCUGCAAGAGUCUCCAUGGCACAGUAAAGGGAAGACUGUUGGUGUAUGUCAGAACAUAUAAUCCUAACGGUGUCAUGGCAAGUUUUGCCAGGUGAACUUCCACUGUGCUAUUUAACGUCUUUAUGUAGUUAGGGUUCACUCAAGAGUCAGGUAAGUGUGAGAGAAAAACAAGAAGAUAAAUCUGGUCAUGGGAAGGAGAUUUAAGAUAGCUCUACAGAAGCAUCCUUGAGAGUCCCCUUUACCAUCUCUCUUAGCUUUGAUUUCUCAAUGAGAACAGCCCGUAGUCUGUGUAUUCUCUUUCCUAUUCACAUCUACUUGUUCUCUUUCUCACUCACAUCUGCGUUCAGGGAAAGGUGAAACUGACCUUCUGUAAUCUAGUGGUAUAGGUGGGGGAUACAGACCAUCUUCCAGAGUGAACACAUUGACUUUUAAACAAUGGAUUUCAGCCAUGGAGUUAAUGUUGGCAGAAGAUAAAUGUCACCUAUGGAUUAUGUUGUGCUUAUUUCUAUAUUUGGAAAUUUCUAUUCUUGUGGUGGGCAUUCACAAUUUUAUCAAGUGAGGUGGCUAUAAUUAAUCUAUGGGGGAGGGUUUUAUUUUAUUCUUAUUUCUUCAGUCUUAUCUGCCCUUUCCACAUCUAGAAAAGUGAAGGAUAAAUUUCUCCUUUUAAUUUCAAUCCUCACCGUGGUCUAUUUUCAAACAAUACCCAGGAAUGCCUAGAAUCCCAGAAGUUACUUACUACUUCAUAAACAAUUAAAGUUCAUUUUUGUGGCUCCAUCUGCUUCUUCAAUCUAUGUGCAGAUGAACCUGAAGGACUAGUGGAGCCUAAGGUGCCCGUGCAGAAUGUUUACAGAGCCUGGUGCCUCUUCCACCAAACCACCCAUGACAAAGCUAUGGGUCCAACAGCACCAUCUUCAGAGAAUACAGUUGCAUUCCAUCUGUUUUCUAAAUCUUAGGUAAUUUAGAUAAAUAGCAAGUCUUGAAAAUUCUUGUCAAAAGAGUACCUGCCAGAAGCUGCAGUGACUAUGCCUUUUCUGAGUCUGUGAUUCCUCCUGGCCCUUAACUGUAAUUCUCAACAAGGUGUUGGAGAUCCUUACCUCUUUUUCUUACGGAAGUUUUGCUCCUAAAUUAAUGAAAGAAUGAUAUCAAUUAAUAAAUUACUAAGUGCAUCACUUUCUGUAGUUUCUGUUUUCUCCCUUCCUUUUCUUCCACCCUGCUUACCCCACUUUUCUUUGUUCACCUCUUAAAGUUUCUUUUAUCAUCAUCACUCUGUAUUACAGGCAUUUGUUUGAUAAGAAUUUUCACUCUCACAAGGCACUCAGGCUCUUCUGGCUGAGAAGCAUACCACGACUUUAUUUGUGUGUGUGUGUGUGUGUGUGUGUGUGUGUGUCUGUGUCUGUGUCUUUGUCUGUGUCUGUGUCGGUGUUUGUGUGAUAUAGGUAAUAGAAGCAUAAACUACAGAUUUCCAUUAAGGUGAUCAUGCUUCUCCCCAUUCAAGGUGUGUUAUUUGAUAAACAAGCCUUAGAAAUAGAAAACUAAUAUGAUAUCAUCUUUAGGGGAGACCCACUGCAUCCUGUAUUGAUAGCUUACUGUGGAAAGGAUUUUGCUGUUGCUUCCACAAUCAUGAUUUAGUCUGCCUUUUGCUAAUAUCUCAACAAUUUAGAAGAGACAAAUAUGUUCAUUUUAAUGUUUGAUGCAGCUAAAGUAUUUGGAUGCAGGACAAAUCUGUGGUUAUAUCCAGACUUUGAAGAAUGAAGAAACAUUGUGCUUUGAGUAGAAACAUACAAAUAUGAACUAGGUGUUUUAAGAGCCCUGAGUCCAAGGAUGGAGGCUGGUGGGAGUGGCAAUCAUUGUGACAAACUGAAAUUUCAUAGUUUAUACUGCCAUCAUUAGAAUUGACCUCUGUAAUUACCCUCGGUCAGUCACGAGCACUGUAUAGCACCGGUGUGAUUCACUUAGAGAUUGCACAGGGGGAGCUGCGGUCUGAAUAUAAGAUGUGUGCUUCUCAGCUCCUUAGUAAACUUGAAUCUAAUCAGUUAAUAAAGAAAACUGUGUCUUAAGGUUGAAAGAUUUUCAAGAAGGAUGUUCUACCUCCUCAGCUGCUGAUUAGUCGACAUAAACAAUAUUGACGAGGAAGAAAGGAUAGGAAAGGGGAAAUUUUUGCUUUAUAGAUUAUUAGUGUACUGUGUUCUUAAGCUAACUGUGGCUGAUGUAUACCUGAGUGAGUCAUUUUUCCAUCGACCAUUAGAAAUGUCUUCAAACAGGAUCUUCCUUAGAGUGGUAAUUUCCGCGACUCCACACUCACACUCAUGAGGAAAUAAAAAGGCUGCACUCCUAGGGAGGUCAGAUUGUAACACACCAAUAAACCCCACCAUUUAUUUUUAGGAAACAGUUUCUCAGGAUUCUCAAAGUUCCUCUCAUUGCCUGUAUGUUGGCUUCAUGGCAGACCAUAACCACUCCCAAUUCCAGCACCCUUACUUUGUCUUAACUGGAAUCCCCGGACUUGAGCAGAAGUACUACUGGAUGGCAUUCCCACUGGGUGCCAUAUAUGUCACUGCUCUCUUUGGCAAUGGUAUUAUCAUCUCUACAAUCAAAUCCGAGUCAUCUCUGCACAUUCCUAUGUACUACUUUCUGUGUAUGCUGGCGUUUGCGGAUAUGGGGCUCACCCUCUGUACUCUGCCCUCUAUGCUCGGCAUAUUCUGGUUUAACUACAAAUUCAUCACUUUUGAUGGUUGUCUUACUCAGAUGUACUUCAUUCACACCUUCUCAGCCAUCGAGUCAGGAGUGCUAGUCGCAAUGGCCAUUGAUCGUCUUAUAGCCAUCUGGAGUCCUCUCAGAUACGGCACCAUUUUAACCAAUGGUGUGGUCUGUAAAAUAGGGAUACUCAUCUUGACAAGAGCGGUCUGUGUGGUCUUCCCUGUGCCUUUCCUCAUCAAGAGGCUUCCGUUUUAUCGCUCCAACAUCCUUUCUCACUCCUUCUGCCUCCAUCAAGAUGUCAUGCGCCUUGCCUGCGCCAGCACGCGUGUCAACAGUCUCUAUGGCCUCAUAGCUGUCAUCUUUACCAAGGGUUCUGACUCCCUCUCCAUCCUCUUCUCCUAUGUGUUCAUUCUCCGCACGGUGAUGGCCAUUGCCUCCGGGGAGGGCCGGCUGAAGGCUCUCAACACUUGCGUUUCACAUAUCUGUGCUGUACUUAUUUUCUAUGUGCCAUUGAUUGGGGUAUCAGUCAUCCAUCGCUUUGGAAAGCACUUGUCACCACUGACUCAUGCCCUUAUGGCCAAUGCCUACCUUCUUGUCCCCCCUGUGCUAAACCCCAUAGUUUAUACUGUCAAGACCAAGGAGAUACGAAAAAAGAUUAUCCAGAUAUUUGUUAGAACUAAAAUUACUUCAGAGGGUUAAAACUUACCAGUUUGAUAGAGAAAUAAUUCUGUAAAAACUUAAAUCUAACUAUGAAAAUAAAGGAUGUUUAUUUUUUAAAGUUUUCUGUGUGAGUUGAAUUGUGAAAAGACAUACUUUCCUGCCCAGAAGAUAAAUACUUUAUUUUUCUGUGCCAAAUUGUCUUUUACUUAAUACAGAAAAGGUAACAUACAUAUGAACUGUAUUUCUCUGUAAACAUUCAGUUAAGACUUGCUAUACACUAGAUGAAAGCAGGGAUUAUUACCUAUUCUAUUUUGAAAAUAAUUUAUUGGUCAAAAAUAAGACAAGGGUUGCUGCCUUUUAAGCUAUAGUUACUGUAAUGAAUUUUAUCUAACGUAGUAAUUUAAGGGAUUUCUGUUAUGGAUUACUUGCAUGAAUGUAGUAGAUAAGAAAAAAUUAUUAAAUAACAAGAGAAAGGGAAGAACACACUAUCAAAUUAAUUUUAAAACAGAAAAUGGCCAAAUUUUAUAAUUAAUAAUAUAAAUGUUAAUCAAAGUACAGUUCUAUUGCACAACAUGGUAUCAACCAUUUGAAGGUGUCUUUCCCUAGCUGUCCUGGAUGACACCAGGUCUUACGUUAAUUUUCUUUAGGCAUAGUUUCAAGUAUUGAAUAUGGAAACAAUAUUUCUUGGUAUCUACAGUAAUUGUGAAUUAAACUAAACAACAAAUUUAAUAAGAAGCCAUUAUUAGUGGUAUUUGUGAACUAUAAAGUACUAUGUAAAAAUAAGUUUUCAAGAACAUUGAGCACCAUGGAAGAUAAGAACCUUCAUAGACUACUAAGUAAAAGGCACAGUGCUAGAUAAUUUUGCAUGUUAGCUCAUCUGAGGAUCAUGGCAUGUUUCUCAAGCCAGCACUAAUUCCAAGAGAAAAAACAAGUCGCAAUGUGAUUGAUUUUGUAGGCCACGCAGACUUGCCCAAGAAUAUGAGAGUCAUGGUAAACAGAGAGAUAACAUUUGAAGGUUAGCUGAGAUGUAUAUUUUUGAAUAUGUAUAUUUUGUAUAAUAUGAAUGUUUUGAGUAUUUUGAAUAAAGAUUUCAUUGUACAUGUUGAGUAAUAAUAGGGUUGUUCUGAGUGAACAGUUUUUGGAAGGCUGUAAACUGGGAAUGAAAAAGAAGUCAUUAAAAAGAAGCUUGGUUAUCAGUCAAGGUAUCUAGUUUCCUGAGUUCUUUAAAUACCUUGAAUAUUAGUUCUCUAUCAAUUAUAGAGUUGAUAAAAUGUUUUUCCCAUUCUCUAGGUUACUGUAUUGUUGAAAUGAUGAUGUCAUUUGUUUUGCUGAAUCUUUUCAGUUUCCUUAGGUCUCAUUUAUUAUUUGCUGAUCUUAGCGCCCGUGCUAACAGUGUUCUAUUCAGAAAGUCUCGUGUGCCAAUGAGUUCAAGAAUAUUCCCCACUUUCUCUUCUAUCAGGCUCAGUGAUCAGGCUUUAUGCUGAGGUAAUUGAUCCAUUUGGAGAUGAGUUUUGCACAGGAUGAUACGUAUGGCUCUAUUUGCAUUCUUCUACACCAGCGAUCUAGUUUGACUAGCACCAUUUAUUUGUUGAAGAUGUUUUUUCCCCAGUGUUUAUUCCUGGCUUCUUUAUCAAAAGUCAGGUGACCAUAGGUGUGGGUCUUCAAAUCAGUUUCAUUAAUCGGUGUGCUUGUUUUUGUACCACUAUCAUGUUGGUUUUAUUAUUACACCUGUGGAGUAUAUCUUGAAAUCGGGAACGGUGAGACCUCCAGCAAUUCUUUGGUUGUUCAGAAUUGUUUCAGCUGGCUUUGCUUUUCUGUUUUUCCAUAUGAAGCUAAGAAUUGACCUUCCAAAAUCUGUGAAAAAUUGUGUUGGAAUUUAAUGGGGGUUUCAUUGAAUCUGUAGAUUGCUUUUGAUAGGUUGGCCAUUUUUACUAUACUAAUCCUAUUCAUCCAUGAGCAUGGAAGAUCUUUCCAUCUCCUGAUAUCUUCUUCAAUUUUUUUUCUUCAAAGACUUGAAGUUUUUAAUCACAUAACUCUUCCACUUUCUUGGUUAAAGAUACCCCAAGAGUUUUCAUGUUAUUGUGAAAGGUGUGUUGUCUCCCUGAUUUCUUUGUCAGUCCAUUUGCCAUUUGUAUGUAGGAGAGAUACUGAUUUUUGUAAGUUACUUUUGUAUUCAGCUACUUUGUUGGAAGUAUUUAUCAGCUGUAGGAGUUCCCUAGUGAAAUUUUUAGGGUCACUUAUGCAUUCUAUCAUAACAUCUGAAAACAAAUAUAUGUUCGCCUCCUUCUUUCCAAUUUAUAUACUCGAUCUCCUUCAAUUAUCUUAUGUUCUAGCUAAGACUUCAAGAACUAUAUUAAAUAGGUAUGGAGAGAGUGAGCAACCUUGUCUUAUCCUUAAUUUUAGUGGAAUUGCUUUGAGUUUAUCUCUAUUUAAUUUGAUGUUUCUAUGGGCUUGCUGUAAUGUAUGUCCCUUGCAUCCGUAAUCACUCCAGGACUUUUAUCAUAACUAGGUGUUGGAUUUUGUCAAGGCCUACUACUACUCUAAUGACAAAAUCAUGUGUCUUUUUUCCAAGUUUGUUUAUAGGUUGGAUUACAUUUAUUAAUUUAUGUGUAUUGAACCUGAAACUGUGGAAUGAAGCCUACUUGUCCAUGAUAGACAAUCUUUUUGAUGCAUUCUUGGAACCAGUUUGCAAGUAUGUUAUUAAGAAUUUUUCAACUAUAAUCAUAAGGGAAAUGAGUUUAUAAUAUCUGUUCUUUGCUGUGUACUUUUGUGAUUUGAGUAUCAGGGUAAUGUUCCUUAAAUAUCUAUUUUGUGGAACAAUUUGAGGAAUAUAAUAUUGUCAUUAACACGUCUUUGAAAGUCUGGUAGAAUUAUGUGCUAAAACUAUCUAGACUUGGGCUUUUUUUGUUUGGGAGACUUUUUUUUGACUACUUUUAUUUCACUGGGGUUCUUAGGUCUGUUUAAAUUUCUUAUCAGGUCUUGAUUUAACUUUGGUAAAUGGUAUUCAUCAUGAAAAUUGCACAGUUAUUUUAGAUUUUCCAAUUUGGUGGAGUACAGGUUUUUAAAGUAUGUCUUUAUGAUUCUCUGAAUUUCUUCAGUGUCUGUUGUUUUUUUUCCCCUUUUCAUGUCUAAUUUUUAAAAUUUUGAUAUUCUCUUUCCACCUUCUAGUUAAUUUAGGCAGAGGUUUGUCAAUCUUAUUGAUUUUUUUCAAAUAAUCAGCUUGUUUCAUUGUCUCUUUGUAUUCUUAUUUCUUUCUAUUUUAUUAAUUUCAAUACUGAGUUUGAUUAUUUCUUACCAUUUACUCUUUCUGAAUAGAUUUACACUUUGAGUCGCAUAAUUUUGAUUACAUUGUAUAUUUAUUUUCAUUCAAUCCUAGAAAGUCUUUAAUUUCUGUCUUGACUCAUUUUUCACACAAUAUUGGUAUAUAAGGGUCAAUAUGCAAUUUAAGCUAUAGUAGUGUUUCUUUUACAAACAUGGGUACCCUUGUGUUGAAGGCAUAGAUAUUAAAAAUUGUAAUGUCCCCAUUAUAGAUUUUCCUUUGAUGAGUAUUUAGUGUACUUCCUCAUCUCUUCUGAAUGGUUUUGUUUUGAUAGCAAAACAGUUGCUUCUUAGGCCCAUUUUCUUAGAAUUUUUUUUUUUAUCCUUUAACCUCAAGGUGAUGUCUAUCAUUAAUGUUAAGAUGUGUUUCUGGUUGCAUUCAUUCUAUUAGUCUGUAUCUUUUUAUUGGGAAAUACAUACCAUUGAUAUUAAAAGAUGCUGAUGAACAGUGAUUGUUCCUGUUACUUUGUUUUUGUUGUUAUUGUUGAUGAUGAUGUAUGUGCGUGCAUGUGUGUGUGAGUGUGUGUGUGUGUUUUCUUUUGUUUUGAUUUGCUUGUCUGGGAUUAUUUAAUCCUUGUUUACUUGGUUGUAUUUAACCCUUUUAGGUUAGAAUUUUCCUUUUAGUGCCUUCUGUAUGGAUACAUUUGUAGAUAAAUACUACUUUGUUGCAAGGAGAGGCCUGCUUGUUUGUCCCAGUCACCCGGAUAGCUUACACCGGAAAUAGCCACAUAGACACUGUAUUAAUUAAAUCACUGCUUGGCCCGUUAGCUCUAGCUUCUUAUUGACUAACUCUUAUAUUACUUUAACUCAUUUCUGUUAAUCUGUGUAUUCUCAUGUGGCGGUGACUUAUCGGGUAAAACUCCCAAUGUCUGUCUCUGGAGCAUCCAUGGCCUCUCUCUACUCUGUUUUCUUUCUCCCAGAAUUCAGUUCUGUCUUCGCUUAUCUAAGUUUUGCCCUACCAGGCCAAGGUAGUUUCUUUAUUAAACAAUUAAAGCAACCCAAAGAUAAAAGGACCUUCUACACCAUUACUUAAAUUUGGUUUUGUUAUAAGAUGUUUUAUUUUCUCAUCCUAUUGUCAUAGAAUGUUUUAUUGGGUUUAGUAUUCUGGAUUGAUAUCUGUGGUCUCUUAAAACAUGUAGAUUUCUAGUGGUCCUUCUGGCCAUUAGAGUGUCCAUUGAGAAGUUAAAUGUAAUUCUAAUAGAUUUUCCAUUAACUAUUACUUGGUCUUUCCCUCCUUGCUUGUGAUGUCCUUUCUUUGUUUAUUGUUUUGAUUAUUAUGUGGUGAGGGGAGUUAUUUUUUAUUAGUUCAGUCUAUUUUGUAUUCUGUAUGCUUCUUGUACUUAGAUAGACAUCUUCUUUACGUUAGGAAUAUUUGUUAUGAGUUCACUGAAAAUAUUUUCUGUCCCUUUGACCUGGGUUUCUUCUUCUUUCUCUAUUUCCAUUAUUUUUAGAUUUGGUCUUUUCUUUUCUUUUUUUAUUAAAAAUUUCUGCCUCCUCCCCGCCUACCUUUUCCCUCCCACUCCUCUCUCUCUCUCCAGUCCAAAGAGCAGUCAGUGUUCCCUGCCCUAUGGGCAGUUCAAGGUCCUCCCCCCUCCAUCCAGGUCUAGGAAGAUGAGCAUCCAAACCGUCUAGACUUCCACAAAGCCAGUACAUACAGUAGGGACAAAACUCAGUACCAUUGUCCUUGGCUUUUCAGCAGCCCUCAUUGUCCACCAUAUUCGGAGAGUCCGGUUUUAUCCCAUGCAUUUUCAGUCCCAGUCCAGCUGGCCUUGGUGAACUCCCAAUAGAUCAGCCCCACCAUCUCAGUGGGUGGGUGCCCCCCUCGCGGUCUUGACUUCCUGGCUCAUGUUCUCCCUCCUUCU